GUUGUCCUCAGUCGAAAAUCGAGAUUUUCGAUGAAGAUGGUUGUUCCUUGAAUACCUCGUUCUUCUUACCUUUUUAUUUGCCCCGCACCUUUUGUGACUGGUUGGGUGAGUACUCGAGAAAUUGAUCAUUUCGCUAGGAGAUUGUUCUGCAUACGAGCAGACACUUUCAAACAGGCACUUUAUUCCAAAUUUGACCUUGUCAUUCAGUCUUCGGUGACUUUAGUAAAACGCCACAUAUCAAGAGAAGUAGAAUUUGUAUGAUUGCUCUCACUCUCACAUCAUCGUGAGAAGUUGGCACGGUAAGCAUCUCUUAAGCAAUCAUACCCCUUUUUCCUAUCUGGAAAAGGCUGGUCACGUGUGUUAGAUUACAUAAUCAUCACUUCACGAGAUGCAGAUACUCGACGACAUCGAAUCAAUUACAAAACUACACCGAAAGAGCAAAGCAUCAAGCUAUGCUCGCGGCGCUAUCCAGACAAGCGCGAUGGAUCCCUCUGAGGAGUCUUCGCACCGAGUCGACAAUAGAGGUUCGCAAGGUCACCACCAGCAAGGGAAAGCGGACGACCACAAAGCGUCCUUCUCCGCACACUCUACAGCCACCCCCUACCAGACAGGUGACAAUCAGCAUUGAUCGGCCAGAACAGGCGACCAUACAACAUGUACUGGAUGCACUAGCAAGUUUUCAAAAGAUAUCAAGCAGGCUGGAAAAUUUUGCCGCAUUCAAUCACCAUACCCUAUUCAUCCUUGCUACCCCAAGUUUUGCGUCCUGGCUGGAAGCAAGUUCCGAGUUCAUUCCAAAGGCUCUUCAACGUGUUCUUGGAACUUUGAGACCCAUUGAGGUAGAUGUUGUCUGUGGGGUAUGUGAUGGGUUGGCACCGCGGCCGGUGUCAAUGAAACAACCUUCUGGGGCAGGAUUCUCAAUUUUGCAUAAACCAUGGAAGCAAGAUGAUCUUUGGGAGUGCAAUCCCACAGCAGUUAGCCCCAACUUGCAUUCAACCAUAACGUUUUCGGCGAACAAGGGACACAACGUUACUCUCACCCUCCCUUUGGCGAACACCCUUUUCAAGAACGGGAGGCUCUCGACGCUUCUCUUAACAAGAUGGAGAUCCUCUGGUGGUUCCUUCGAGGUAACGCAAGAACAGACCGAGAAGAAAAAUGUUACCGUGAACGUCUUUGGCAGACUACAAAUACCUCGUCCCAGCAUUCAAAUUCCGUCCGUCCCCUUGACUCCAAUGCGGCGGAUUCAAAGCGGCCUCGGAAACAUUGUUAGGACUAUCGAUUUUGGCGAGGGAGGCUUACCGGACGUUGGGCCCGCCUCCCGAGAGCUGGAAAUGCGCGUGACCGAGUAUUUGUCCAAACAAGGUCUCGACCAUUCGGUAAUUGAUGUUUGGGCUCUUGUUAUUCCUGUGGAAGCCUUGUCAGGUCCCUGGAGUGAUAAAGUAAAGGUCUUGAUGUCUGAUGUGGAAGAUCUGAUGGCCAAACAGGCACCUUCGACGGGCAAGGAUUGUUGCUACGUCGGUGACUUUAUUGACCAAGGGGCAACACUUUGUCGUGUUCUCAGUGGUGGUGGCGGUUGGGGGAUAAAGCAAGGGUUACUUUCACUCGACCCUCAGACGACUUAUUGCACUAACAACGAGUCCCGGUAUGAUUUUUCGGAAGGCACUCUGGAUGAACAGCAAACAUCCGCAUUAGGAAACGUUGCACAGCAGGGUGCUUUCAUCCAGUUCUUGGUUGUUGCAAAACAUGACGAAGCAGUCGACCCUUUAAUAGAAAAUGAACGGGGAUACGUCGAUUCUGCACUUGGGAGUACAGUGGUGGGGGUGGUACCUAGCACAGUAGAUGAAAUUCACGAUAUGUCGCAAAACGAGGACCAGCAAGUGCCCAAACUCGACGUCCAAGUCUAUCUUAACCAUUUCGGAUGUGUAUCAGAGUCAGGAAUGUUUCUUCAGCGCAAGGGCGAGCGCGACAAGUCGACGACUCCUGCAAUCGAAACGAAAAUCGACCUUCCUUACUCUUAUGUCUACCGAGAGAAUUUCGAAAGAAGUCCGUUGGAUAUUUAUGAGGAGGCAGAAAGCGUAGAAAAAGAAGUUGGUUCCCCCGAUGGACUUGUUUGAAUGUAGCAAUAUGAAAUAUCCGAAAGUCUUUGGUAGGCUGGGUCGGACAACCGCCAGAGUUAUGACAUAGUGUAUACUACGAAAUCCAACCUACUAUUUUGGUGUGGCAUGUAAUGUACGGUUGUAAAUCAAAUGAGAGUAAUGGAUUGGGCGCUGGGACAAGAAAGUUUGGUGUCUUCAUCACCGAAAUUGGAAGGAAGAUACAAAGGAAAACAAAAAUCAUUUCCUGAUGAGUAUCUCACUGGACAAGCUAGUCGAGCC